AGCCAAUGCUACAUCAGCUGUUUAUGUUUGUUGUUUGUAGUGGGCACUCGGUCGUUGAUAUCACCCUACAGUGAUAAUUUGUUUUUAGAUUUUUUACGGGUGGAGGAUUUUAACUUGGUGCGUAGUAUUUCCGGGUUUGAGUGAAAAUGGUUUUUGCGUAUUUUCUGAUUCCGGCCGGCAUAGCCGGUGCGUUGUAUUUAAUACGAAAGUAUCGCGAGUAUACAUGGGGUUGGGUUAGGAACAAGUAUUCUCUGAAGGACAAAAUAUAUAUUAUCACGGGGGCAAAUACUGGUCUUGGUUUCCAGACCGCUCGGGCUUUAGCCAAAAGGGGCGCUACCGUUGUCAUUUGCUGCAGGAGUGUGGAACGGGCAAAUGAAGCCAUUGAGAAGAUCCAGGCUGAAACAAGCGAGGGACGUAUGGUUGCCUUGCAAUUGGAUUUAGGAUCCUUCGCAUCGAUUCGCGAGUGUGCUUCACAGAUAAAAACGCAUUUCCCGCACUUUGAUUGCCUUAUCAACAACGCGGGAGUUAGUGUUAAGUCGAAGCAAUUCACCAAAGAAAAUUACGAAGUUCACUUCGGUGUCAACCAUUUGGGACACUUCCUAUUAUUCAAACUGCUUGAAGACAACAUUAGGCAGAACAACAGUCGCAUUGUUGUUGUCUCAUCCCUUCUUCACCAGCGGGGUAUCAUCGAUUUCGAAAAACUCGGAAAGUGCGAUGAUGAUCGCCAAAAUAAACGCAUGAACCCUUUGUAUUCUGACUCAAAGCUAAUGAAUUUUUAUUUUGCUCGCGAAUUGUACAAAAAGGGUUUCGAUGUGCAUGUACUUUGCCCUGGUUUCUGCUACACAGAUUUGUUCAGGGAUCACACCUUCAAAUGGUAUCAGAUUGCGGCCAUGUCACCAGUGAUUUUCUUUGCAAUGCGCUCGGCGGAACAAGGUGCCCAAAAUAUAAUUCAUGCUGCGACUGAUAAUAACAAUGAUGAGAAAAAGAAUCCAUUUUCGGGUUACUACAUCAGGAAUUUAGAGAUGACUAAAUCAAAGCACAGUUUCCAAGAAGAAGUAGGGGAAAGAUUGUGGGAGGAGAGUUUGAAGAUGUGUGAGCUGAAAUAAUCUGCCGCGGAAGAGUCAACAUGCGUUAUUUGUCUACAGCACUGGUGAAGGACCUCAGCUUUGAACAAGUGAAAUGGGAACUUAUCCAUUAGUUUUUAGAAUGAACAUUUUAAUAAAUUUUAGUAUUUGUCAA